AUGGCGUCUUCCUUUCAAGAAGAACACAACCAGAAACUGAUUCGUGAAAGGUUGAAUAGAGAUCAAAUAAAGUUAUGGUUAAUACCUUACACAGCUGAAAAUGGCGAAAAAGGUGAACAACCUAAGGAUCUGAUAAAUCGCUAUUCACAAGACCUGAAGUUAGGUGUAGCAGAAGUGUCAGCUAUUAUAGAAACUUUACGCCAACAUUCCGUCCAGAAACUAGCUGAAAGGAAUGAGUUUAAUAAAGAUGGUGUUGCCACUUUAAAACUAAAACUACCUCCAUCACAUUCUGAGAAUAGUAAAAAACAAGUGGUAUCAGUAAAAUUAAAAUUACAAGAAACAGGUUUAAUUCUACGCGAGAAAGUGGGUGAAUUAUGUGGAAUACCAAUAGAUAGAAUAAAACUCAUAUCAGCUGGUAUAAUUAUUACUGACAGCAAAUCUUUACAAGAACAGAAAAUUAAGAAUGGAAGUCAGAUUAUGACAGUGUUAUUAUCUGUCACUGAACUAGAAGCUGUUCAAAAAGAAAAGCAAGUAGAAGAUGUCAAUAAAACCAGAAAAGCUGCUGAACUUCUCUCUGUUCGAGCUGCUAAUGAUGAUACAAAAUAUGAUGUACAAAUAGCAGAUCAAUCAGGCAGACCUCUAAAAUUACCUAAGGAAGAAAAACAGGCCUUGACCUUGGCUAUGACCUUACAUGAAAAGGGUCGAAGUUUAUUGAAACAAAAGAAUAUAUCCAGUGCAUUGUUAUUAUUAAUAGAGGCUGAUACAGAAUUUAAAAAGUGUAGAGCCAGUAUUCUAGAUGCUGUAGAUAAUUAUGCUGUUCUAUGUUUAGAUAUAGUUUGGUGUUAUUUAUGUUUAAAGAAUUUAGAUCAACUACCUGAUGCAGAAAGACGGCUAAAAGCUUGUGAAGAAUGUUUAAUCAGAUCUUAUGGUAGUCAUAUGGAGAGACUGACUGCUGUUAAGGGUGAAAGCAGUACAGCUAUGGUGUUAUUUAUGAAGCUACAUUUACUACAAGGAAUUAUUGCCUUUCACCAACAUAAUAUUGAUACAGCUAAAACUUUACUAAAACAGGCAGAAGAUGAUAUAAAAAGAUUAAGUGUAGAUCCUGAACUAAUAACUCAAGUUAUGUCAAUGGGAUUUAAUGAAAGAGAGGCUAGAUUAGGAUUAAGAGCUUGUGAUGGUAAUAUACCACAGACAUGUGACUAUAUAAUCAAAGUGAAAAAGGAAAAAGAAGAGAUAAUGGAAAAGGUAAAAGGUGAAAGAGAAAAUCGGAAGAAAGUGAGACAAUAUGGAAGGACUUCUAAUGGCGAUUGGUUAAAUGCAAGUAAUUUAGAGAUGUUAUUAAAGAUGGGAUAUAGAAAAGGACCGGCUGUUGAGGGGUUAAGACAAGCUAACAAUGAUGUAACCUUAGCCCUAGAUGUAUUAAAUAAUAAACCAGAGCUACUAAAUUUACCUGAUCCUACUGAUGAGGAUCUAUACAUAACUGAUGACAUGAUUACCCAGCUCACAGUAUUGGGAUUCCUCCCAGAGAUGUGUAGAAGAGCCUUGAUAAAAAACCAUGGUGAUAAUAAUAAAGCAGCAGAAGAGCUUUUACAAUCUGAUGGCUUUAUUCCAACAAUCACAUGUAAUACCUCCCCUUCCAGUUCUAGUUGUAGUUCUAGUGAAUCAACUUCAGAAUCAGAGAGUGAAAUGUUAAAUGAGUUGGUUUCUGAUAUUAAACAAGAAGGUGAUGAAUAUUUAGAUGUAAAUCUGGAAGAUGAAAAACAGUUUUUAGAAGAAUAUCAAUCAUUAUUAAAAUGUUUAUCUAGUAAAUAAAAUAUUUUAUUAAUCUGU